AUGGCCAAACUCAUAGAGAAGUUUUGGCGUCUUGAAGAAGCGUGCUUUCAAGACUGGGAACCAAAGCAACAUGACGAAUGCGAGGCGGAAAGUCACUUCCGCACAACGUUAGAGAUCGCUCCCGACGGGAGAUACAUUACACGAAUGCCCCUACGGGGGGAGCCGUCAUCGUUAGGCGACUCUUAUCAACAAGCAUAUAGAAGAUUCACAUCGCUUGAGCAAAGGCUCAAGCGGAAUGCAGACCUGUACAAAGAGUACAGGGCAUUCAUGAAUGAAUAUGAAACACUGGGACAUAUGGUACCAGUCACCACAGAAGACUUUCACAAAGUAAAGUAUUUCAUCCCUCACUCGUGUGUGGUGAAACCAGAUUCAACAUCCACCAAGGUUAGGGUGGUGUUCGACGCAAGUGCAAAGACGUCAACCGGAGUAUCCCUGAACGAUAUACAAAUCGUGGGACCAACCAUUCAAAAGGACUUAUUUGAUCUGCUAAUUGAUUUCAAGACGCACAACGACGUGCUAGUAGCAGAUAUUGCAAAGAUGUACAGACAAAUUCACAUCGCAUACACAGACACUUGGUUACAAUGUAUUUUGUGGCGCGACAGCCCCAAUGAUCAAUUGAAAGCGUAUAGACUGACGACUGUCACAUAUGGUGAAGCGUCUUCAUCAUUCUUGGCCUGUAGGGCACUACACGAAGCAGCUGAAGAUUAUCGGUCGGUAAAUCCGAGAAUUGCCGACACCAUUCAACGAUCGUUCUAUGUUGACAAUCUAAUGAUUGGAGCGUCCAACGCAGAUGAACUGACGGAGACGAAACGAGAAAUAGAGCAUGCAUUGUCACUUCAUGGAUUUCCACUUCGAAAGUGGGCAUCAAAUAACGCAAGCGUACUGGAAGGAAUUCCAGAGAAAGACUUGGAACCAUUGAUCCAAGUUGGUGACCAAGAGGUCAUAAAGACAUUGGGGAUAGCCUGGAACCCCAAAACAGACGUGUUCCAGUUCAUCAGUACGAAAAACAUAGCUAAAAUAUUGAUGCAAGAAUUGUGGACUUAUAACGUCAGCUGGGACGAUGAUGUUCCAGAUCAAGCACUAAGCUCAUGGAAGAAGUUCGAAGCUUCAUUAGUGGAGCUCAGCAAGAUAGAAAUACCUCGGAUGUCGACUCCGAGUCAUACGAUCGCACUAGAUUUACACGGAUUCAGUGACGCCUCCGAAAAGGCUUAUGGAUGCGUCAUUUACUUACAUGCAAUCAACUUAAAAGGAGAAGAGAGUACGAAUCUCUUAUGUUCGAAAUCGAGAGUGGCGCCUUUGAAGAAGGUCACUCUGCCCCGUCUGGAACUCUUGGCGGCGGCACUUCUAGCAGAACUAACUGCUAAAAUAAAGAGCAUUCUGGCCGGUCGAAUCUCGUCGGAAUAUUACUACAGUGAUUCACAAGUAGCGCUAAGUUGGAUCAAAUCUUCAAAUACACGUUGGGGAACCUUCAUUAGAAAUAGAGUGCAGAAGAUACACUCCACCACGAAUCCAGAGCAUUGGAAAUAUAUAUCUACGAAAGAAAAUCCGGCUGAUAUGGUUUCGAGAGGAAUUCCAGUCAGAAAAUUACGCGAAGCAAAACUAGAAUUUUGGUUACACGGACCGGAAUGUAUACGAAGAAGACAAUAUUAUCUGCAGAGCGGCUACGAAUACACUGCUGCUGCAGAACAGGAAGAGAUUAAAGAACCAAUAACACGAUUGGUAGCAGCAACAGGAAAGGCAUGCGAAGACUUAAUCGCAAAAUACCCGCACCAUCACACUCAUGACAAAACAGUAAGACACUUUGCAUGGCUGUGUAGAGCCAUAAACAAUAUGAAGAAGGUCAAUAAAGACACAGGCAUCAGAAACGAAAAGAGAUCGGGCCCACUCACCACCACUGAAUUGAAUGAAGGACUAACACUCGUAGUCCGAAUUAUGCAAGCCACUAUUUAUCCAAAUGAAGUAGCGGAAUUACGAAAAACUGGGAAGGUGCCUACGAAAGGACCUUUCCAGCAUCUCAACGCAAUCGUCAGAAAUGGAGUCAUACAUGUCACAGGGAGACUCCACAAUGCAGAAAUGCCCAUCUCACAAAAGAAUCCAAUAUUGAUUCCCAAAUCGCACCCAUUUUCGAGGGUAAUAAUUCAAAAAAUACAUGAGGAUAGAUUUCACGCCGGAACAGAUCUGGUAAUAAACGAAUUUCGACAAAGAUUUUGGAUGAGGGAUCUCCGAAGGACCGUACAAGGAGUCAUUCAACGAUGCAUCUUAUGUGCCAAAGCGCGGCCCAGACGUUUACAGCAACGAAUGGGACAACUGCCCUCGCCCAGGGUAAAUGAAUCAGUAGCGUUCACUCACACGGGAGUGGACUUAUGUGGGCCAUUCGAAGUAUAUCUCAAUCAAAAAUCGAAAUGCAAGACCACAGCAUAUGCUUGCAUCUUCAUAUGUUUUGCGACCAAAGCAGUUCACCUAGAAGUCGUCGAAGAUCAGUCGACGGCAGCGUUCAUAUCAGCACUUCUCCGUUUCACAUCAGUGAGGGGAAUACCCGAGGUUAUUUACUCCGACAAUGGGCGGAACUUUGUCGGGGCCAGCAGAGAACUCAAUCGUUUACGAAGAAUAUAUAACAAUGAAGUUUUUCAAAACAAAUUAGUUGAUAUUGCGGCAACUCACAGAAUAAGAUUUUCAUUCAUUCCACCCCGAAGCCCCAGCUUUGGAGGACUUUGGGAAGCGAACAUAAAGGUAGCCAAGCGGCUCUUUAGUGCAGCGGCCAGAGGAGCACAGCUAAACAUCAUGGAAUUGCAGACACUGUUCUACCAAGUGGCCGCAAUAAUGAAUUCGCGACCACUCACACCUGUUUACACGACGCCAGAUUCACCGACCGCGAUCACACCCGGUCAUUUUUUGAUAGCACGCCCAAUGCUAGCCGUGCCCAUCCCUACGCAGAGUGAGGAUGGAAGCAAUCUCACAACCAGAUGGAAACGAGUACAAUCGCAGCUCGAACAAUUUUGGAGAAGAUGGAGAGACGAGUAUCUCCACCAGUUACGUGAUUAUGCAAAAUGGACCAAGCAACAAGCCAACGUUAAGGUAGGCCAAAUCGUAUUGAUCGGAGACGAUCACCUUCCCGUAGCAAGGUGGCCUAUGGGAAUUGUCACACAAAUACACCCUGGAAAUGAUGGAGUAGUCCGAGUGGCAGUAGUGCGAACCGCUACCGGAAUUUACAAACGCAACGUGCGAACACUUGCUCCUCUACCAGUCGAGGAGCACACCAUUCAACCCAUUAUAGAAGAGUAUGACAACACAGCUGAUAACGAACAGCAAUCUCAAGCCGAAGCAAUCGAACUAGAAGACGAUCCCCCUCCCCAAGCACCCCAAAUGAUUUGGGACGGUAGACUACGCCCUCGUCCCAAAGGGGGGAGAAAAUGGAAGUACACGAAAUCAGAUUGGGUGACGACCCUAUGA